AUGGGCGGCCCCGUCGCCGCCCCUAUCGGCCCCGUCGCCGCCCCUAGUGGCCCCGUCGCCGCCCCUAGCAGCCCCGUCGCCACCCUUCGCGGCCCCGUCGCCACCCUUCGCGGCCCCGUCGCCGCCCCUAGCGGCCCCGUCGCCGCCCUUCGCGGCCCCGUCGCCGCCUCUAGCGGCACCGUCGCCGCCCUUCACGGCCCCUUCAGCUGCCAAGCAGCCGAGCCGCCGAGCCGCCCAGCAGCCGAGCCGCCCACCAGCCGAGCCGCCCAGCAGCCGAGCUGCCGAGCAGCCGAGCCGCCCAGCAGCCGAGCCGCCCAGCAGCCGAGCCGGCGAGCCACCGAGCCGAUGAGCCGCCGAGGCCGCCGUCGAGCCGCUACUGUUCCUAUCGGCGCGCACCAGCCCUACCCACCCGGACUGGUCGAUGACCUCCAGCUCUUCCUACAGUGCGAUAGGGCAGACGGACUCUCCUUGUUCGAUCUCACCUCUGGUGCCUCUCCUGCCCCGCCUGCUGAUGCUGACAGCACUGUUCGAUCUCAGUGGGCCACACGCGAUGCUGCUGCCCGUCUUGCUGUGCGUCGCCACUUACCGACCGCUGAGCGUGCACACUUUAGUCAGUACAAGAGUGCUAAGACCUUGUACGACGCUGUAGUUGCACGCUACUCUUCCCCUGCCAUUGCUGCUCUUAGUCGCCUCAUACUGCCGUACCUGUUUCCUGACCUCGCCGCCUUUCCCACUGUCGCUGACCUCGUUACGCACCUUCGCACUAGUGACACCCGCUACCGCGCUGCGCUUCCUGCUGAGGACCACUUCCUCUCUGUUUGCCCCACCACACUCACCGUUGACCUCCUUGAGGAGCGCCUCCUGGCAGCUAAGAAGAGUAUAGUCGCUGUAGGAGCCUCUAGAGGUGACCCGCAUGCCCCUGUCUUUGAGGGGUGCUCCCCCUCCCCCCUUUUGCCCUCUGUUGCCUCUGCUGCUGCCGUCGACUUCGUUGGCACCGAGUUGGUCGGCGCUGCGUCUGCCCCUAGCGGGAGAAGCCGCACCGGCAAGGGCAAGGGGGGCAAGGGCGCUAGAGGGGCUAGCGCGGGCGGUGGAGGUAGAGGUGGAGGAGGCGGAAGGAGUGGGGGUGGUGGUGGGAGUGGUGCCGGGGGUGGGGGUACUAGUCCCUGUACCUACGUCCUCCGUACCGGCGACCGCGCUGGUGAGCAGUGCGGAGGCUCGCACUCCACCCAGCGCUGCUUUGGCCGCCUGACGGACGCUUGGCGUCACCAGUUCCCUGACGCCACCGAGAUCCCUCGCUGGGGAGAGCUGUCUAGGGCGGGGGUUGCUAUCUUUGAUCUUGACUAUGAUGCUAUUCUUGCUGCCAUGUAUGCUGUGUCUACUAGUGAUGAGGGUGACUGUUACCUGUGUGUUCCGCCUGACCCGGGCAUUGAGGCUGCUGCUCUAGGUGCUGGUGAGGCUGCUGCUCUAGGUGCUAGCGAGGCUGCUGCUCUAGGUGCUCGGGUGUCUUCUCCCUCAGGUGCUGGUGAGUCUGCUCUCUCAGGUACUGCGUCGGCUUCGGCCUCCCACACCUUCACCCUUGACUCAGGGGCUUCUCGCUCCUUCUUUCGAGACCGCACCACACUCGCGCCGCUUGGCUUGCCAGUUGCAGUCUCUCUGGCAGACCCAUCUAGGGGUCCUGUCCUUGCUCACUACUCCACUGUCCUCCCGUGUCCGGCGGCCCCCUCUGGCACCCUGUCUGGUCUUUACCUCCCCUCGUUCUCUACGAACUUGGUGAGUGGUGCUGACCUACAGGAUGCGGGGGUUCACCAAUUCACUCCUGCGAGUCUGCGGGUGACCCACUGCACGGACGCUCGGACAGGCCGACACCUGGCCACGUUUACACUCUAG